UCAGCUCAGCUGCAUGUUCUCCACUCGAUGCACGGAAAUUAAAAUACAAUUCAGAAAUGAUUCGCUUUUGAGACGGACGGGUAAUGUGGCACGGUUGUGUGGGCUAAAGCGUUGGACGUAAAGCAGAAACCAAAAUCAAAAGAAAAAAGAGUGAUACAAAGAAUUUUCCUGCAUUAUUUCAUAGGGAGCUCGCCAACAAGGCAUGUGGAAAUUUGUGCAUAGCAAAAUUUAAAGAUAAUGUGGUGAUUUGGAAAAUGAAAUUUCUAUUGAAAGCUUUUCCGAGCUGGUGAAAGUGUCCUCCGCAGUGUGGCAUUUCAGUGCUGAGGUCGUUGCUACGCUCGAUUCAUACGCAGACCUCCCUUCAGCCAGCUCCGUUUAGACGAGCAACGCGCAAAAAACACGUCUACAGCUAAAAAUAGCUGGCCAAAAAAAUUCCUUGUUGUUAAAAAUAUUUCGCUCGACGUAGUCGCAGUCGAAACAAGUGAAGUAGUGCUGUGAAUUGAGAUCUCGCACGAGAGUAAAUAAAUAGCGUACGCAACGUUCGCAUUGCAAUUGUGCACAGAAUACUACGAAGUGUGUGGAUAAAAUACAUAAGUAUGUACCGUUAUAUACUUGACAGCACUUUAGUGAAAUCAAAGGCAGAAAUUUCAUAAUUUCACCGCUGUCUUCGCCUGCGCCUUCGGUGGUGGCUGUGCAAGAAAGCAAGCGAGCGAGCAAGGUGGCCAAAAAACCAAAGUGACGGUUGUGCAAUUCGGCAGAGGGGUGUAGCGACGGACGCCCAUACACAUGUACAAACAUAAUACCCAAAUUGUGCAAGAAAGAACAAAUACCAGUCGGUAUAUUAAAAGUUUGUUGUUGUGAAUUGUUGUUUGUAAGAUCGGCAAAGCAAAAUAAAAUCUUUGGCUCGACAACACACGGAAACCUUGUAAUUGCAGAUUUAUGUGCCACAGGCGAACAAACUUACACACAAUCGGCAAAGGGCGCAUAUACCCACAUACAUACAGACGAGUGCAUAAAUAGUACAUACAUACAAACAUAUACAUAUGUAUGUAUAUGUGUUGCUUCAUAAAUCUCAGCCGUGUGUGUUUCAUGAAAUUUUAAUUCCGUGUGCAAUGAAUUGUGUGUGAUUUGUAGUGCCGUAGAAAAAAGUAAGAAAGAGGCGAAGUCAACUAUCGCAGCCGCACGAAGAGACCCCCUUCUGCAUUACUCCUGCUGAGUGCAUGUCAGAAAAAAUCGCUUGCUGAACUAAGAGGAUGACAGCUGAAGUUAUGGCUACAGAUACAAAUUGGGACCCCGCACUAUCGAAACUCAUAACAUCACUGAAGGAGGCGGAAAAUCUCUCCAAUGACCAGGAAAUCGACUUCCUUAAAGCCUUGCUCGAAUCAAAGGAGCUCAAUGCGCUUGUCAAUGUACACACGAAAGUGGCCAAAGUGGGUCGAGACGAUCGACUGGCGCCAGUACUCUCCACUUCCGGACAGAUACUGUACGAAGUGCUGGAGCAGUUAUCGCAACGCUGCCACCUGAACGAGGAAUGCAAAGAGGCCUUUCAUUUGUUGCAAGAACCGCAUUUACAAAGCCUUUUAUAUGCACACGAUGCCAUUGCGCAGAAGGACUUCUAUCCGCAUCUGCCGGAAGUACCCAUCGAAAUGGAUGAGGAUGAGGAAACAAUUAAAAUCGUCCAACUGGUGAAGAGCAACGAACCGUUGUCAGGAGCACAAAGUGCGGAACCGAUUGUUGGCGCAACGAUAAAAACGGACGAGGAGACUGGAAAGAUAAUUAUAGCGCGCAUUAUGCACGGCGGCGCCGCCGAUCGCUCCGGACUGAUACAUGUGGGCGAUGAGGUGAUCGAGGUGAACGGCAUAAAUGUGGAGGGGAAAACGCCCGGAGAUGUGCUAAGUAUUUUGCAAAACUCUGAGGGCACGAUCACCUUCAAAUUGGUGCCAUCGGAUGGCAAGGGCGGCCAGCGUGAGUCCAAGGUGCGUGUACGUGCGCAUUUCGACUACAAUCCCGAAACAGAUCCCUACAUACCCUGCAAAGAGGCGGGACUGGCAUUUCAACGAGGCGAUAUUUUGCAUAUUGUAUCACAGGACGACGCCUAUUGGUGGCAGGCACGUAAGGAGUCGGAACGCACUGCCCGCGCUGGGCUGAUACCCAGUCGUGCGCUGCAAGAGCGGCGCAUUAUCCACGAACGUUCGCAAAUGGAGACGAAUGAUGCCGAUUCAAAGAAGGGCUCUUGCGCUUCCAUAUGCACCACCCCGCCUGGUACACCCAUAUUGCAUUCUAGCAGUAGCACUUCCUCAUGCCGUCAGCCCAAAACUAAAAAGAUUAUGUACGAUUUGACAGAGAACGAUGACUUUGAUCGUGAAAUGAUCGCCACCUAUGAAGAGGUUGCCAAAUUAUAUCCACGUCCGGGCGUCUACCGUCCAGUUGUGCUGAUCGGCGCACCAGGCGUGGGUCGCAAUGAGCUGAGGCGUCGCCUGGUAGCGCGCGACCCCGAAAAGUUUCGCAGUCCAGUGCCAUACACCACACGUCCAAUACGCACCGGCGAGGUCGCAGGACGCGAAUACAUAUUUGUGGCACGUGACAAAAUGGAGGCCGAUAUCGCUGCUGGCAAAUUUAUCGAACAUGGUGAAUAUAAGGGUCAUUUGUAUGGCACUUCCGGCGAGAGUGUCAAAUCCAUUGUGAAUGCCGGCUGUGUUUGCGUGCUCAGUCCACAUUAUCAAGCGAUUAAAGCGCUGCGCACGGUACAAACGAAACCGUUUAUAAUCCAUAUAAAGCCACCAGAAUUUGAUGUUUUGAAAAAAUCACGCACGGAGUCGCGAGCCAAGUCCACUUUCGACGAGAGUAAUGCUCGUGGUUUUACGGACGAAGAAUUCAACGACAUGCUUAAAUCAGCCGAACGCAUCGAUUUCCUUUAUGGUCACUUCUUCGACGAAGUCAUCGUGAACGACGAUCUGCUAACGGCUUUCGAACAGCUGAUGAAUGUAGUGCAACGUUUGGAGAAUGAGCCGUUGUGGGCGCCCGCCGCCUGGGUGCAAUAAAAUGGCUAAACUGGCCGUGGAAACAGAAGGAACAACCAGAAAAAGACAAACACUGCUGAUGAAUAUGCUAAAAACAAAUGCCAAUAACCAAUAACACAAAUAUAAUAUACACAUACAUACAUAUACAAUAAUACAUG